GUGAGGUGUAAAUGAUGUGGGACAGGUAUGGUGAGGUGUAAUGAUGUGGGACUGGUUUGGUGAAGUGUGAUGAUGUGGGACAGGUACAUGGAGGAGUAAAUGAUGUGGGACCGGCAUGUGGAGGUGUAACUGAUGUGGGGCAGGUAUGUGGAGCUGCUGUAUUGAAGGGGAUCUUUGAAUUUGCAGAUGAGAGCCCGCAGCUCAGACUGACCAUGACUAUUCUACAGUCCUACAUCAACACCACGAACUUCAGUCUCCCUGGCACAUUAGAGUUGAAGCCUAAUGAGACCAACAUCAUUCACAUCGAGGUGCCUAAAGGAGUCUUCCUCUUCCUGUGCCUGCUCAGCUUGCUGGAGAACAUCCUCGUAGUUGUGGCUAUUGCGAAGAACCACAAUCUGCACUCGCCAAUGUACUAUUUCAUCUGCUGCCUGGCCGCGUCAGACAUGCUGGUGAGUAUCAGCAACCUCAUAGAGACCAUCAUCCUGAUCCUGCUGAGCCACGCCAUCAUACAGUACUAUGAGCCAAUGGUCAAGAUGAUAGACAACAUUGUGGAUACCAUGAUCCUCUGCUCACUGGUAACAUCCCUCUCGUUCCUUGGAGCCAUCGCGGUGGACCGUUACGUCACCAUCUUCUAUGCCCUGAGAUACCACAGCAUCAUAACCCAGCGCAGGGUGGUCAGUGCCAUCAUCGGGAUCUGGUUGGCGAGCACAGCUUGCAGCAUCACCUUCAUCAUAUUCUCUAACAGCCAUGUGGUUAUCUUGUGUCUCAUUGGCUUUUUCAUCUUCAUGUUGGUCUUGAUGUUGGGGCUCUACAUCCACAUGUUCAUUCUGGCCAGGCGUCAUUCCCAGAGAAUCUCGGCACAGCAAAAAGGUUUGAGGAGAAGAUUCUCCCCUCACCAAGCAGCAGCCAAACUUAGGGGAGCCAUCACCCUCACCAUACUACUUGGCAUCUUCUUCCUUUGUUGGGGACCCUUCUUUCUCCAUCUUGCCCUAAUUGUGUCCUGUCCCAAGCACCCUUUCUGCCUUGAGUAUUUCAAGUACUUCAACAUCAGCUAUGUCCUCAUCAUAUUUAACUCCAUCAUUGACCCCAUAAUCUAUGCCUUUCGAAGUCAAGAGCUGAGAAAAACCCUGAGGGACAUUGUGUUGUGCUCCCAAUGACGGAAGAAGGGGGUUGGGGUGGACAGAAGCUAAGUGGACAAUUGAACUUCUCGUCAAAAUCCCCCCCUUCCCCCAGUAACGUGCAUAUUUCCUGAAAGAGGUAAAAACGUCUGUCAAAUAAACAACAUGGAACAAGGCCGACCUGAGGCCAGGCAUCGCUUUAAUCGUAGACAAAACUGAGCCCUCAAAUUAAAGAGGUAGCCACACUCAUGGUUGACAAUGUGCAUUGUUCUCUUACCUUUCAGUGACUGACAGAUAAAUGUACAAUGACUGUAAUCAUUGAGGUAUGAGGGAGAAGAGUCCACUCUGAAUGAAGAAAAAAGUAGGCUCAGUACGGGGUGACCCAUGGUUCAAUCUGACUAUAUAUGAUCUGGUGGUGAUCUGAAUGUGAGGGGGAUAGUCAGACAAUAUCCCUCCAAUCAUGGAACUUAAUAAACUCAAUGUAAUACUGUAAAUAACCAAAUGUCCACAAUAAAAUUUUUACAGAUCUUAAAAAGUAAUAAAUUAAACUAUCCCUUGUUCCCGGGUGAUCUAUAAUUCUAUAAUACAUGACCUGUAAUAAUGACAUUGAUGAUCAAAGGUUUCAAUAAUCAAAGUAUCUUCAGGGACUUUUACCGCAGAGGCAAAUUCACUGCAUGUAACACGAGCUGAUAACAAAUAAUUGUUUAUUGGAAAAUGUAACUUUUGGACUUAAAUCCAUGGUGUAGUGAGAACAAGACGUGAUGUCAAAUACCUAGGGGGUGGUGAUGUCAUACCUAGUGGGCGGUGCAGCUGGCACUAGGAGGUGGAGCACUUCCCAGAACUUCUUCAGGACCAUGGACAGCUUUACAGGCUGCAGUGUGCGGCGGUGAAAGGAUCUGCGGCGGAUUCAGAAUCUUGCCUUGUGUAUACUGCAAGUGAUUAUACGCAUGCUUUGUACGAAUGAUAAAUGGAUCAUCUUCUCCGCAUAACAAAAAUACAGACAAACAGAAAAUAGUAUUCAACAUGUGCCGACACACUUCACUUACUAUGGGAACGUUCAAUUGAAGAUAGCGAUGCAGCAUCUUUACACAAAGAAAGAUCUACACAA